AUGGCAGAGAAAUCAGACCAUUUCAUGAUGGAAUUCAAAGGGCCCGCGAAGCAAUUCGUGGCUUUAGUUGGAGAUGUUGGCGGAGCGAUCAGAUAUGAACUGAACAAAAAGAUGAAAAAAAUUAAUGACGAGAAAGAUAGCUACUAUCUUGAGACAUAUUACUACUCUGCGAAGUACGGCCUCAAAACAUUCUCUGCUCUUCGCGAUGUAACAAGAGAGUUUGACGCGCAUAAUACUAGUCUAAUGUGCAUGUUCGUCGGUUAUAAAUCAAUCGAUCAUCUGAAAGACGCAAAGAAAAUUGCCGAUGCAAUCAAGGCCGACACACGAGUCGUGGUUAUCGAUUCGUUGGAAUUGUGCCCAGAAGCAGAGAAUGUCGAAGAAUUCGCCAGUAAAAAUGAAUUCGAAGUCGUCUAUUUGCAUCCAAAUCAGCAACAACGUCUCGACGCGGAAAGUGUCUCUGAAAAAGUCGGAGUCGACAGAUUGAUAGAGACGAUGGAAGUGUGCAAUUGGCCAUGGAGAGUUGUCAACGCCUUCUCCAGAGGACCAAGAAGCUCGUUCAUCGAUAAACAAGAAGGCGAUAUAUUGGAGCUCAACGUCAAAGAAGACUAUGUGAUUGAGGGUGCCACCGCCGGUAAAUAA